AUGCGAGCAGCGAGGCCACUGGCCCUGCCAGCGCCCCUGCGGCCGCGGCGCGCCCCCUGGGCGCGGCCGCCGGCGUCUGCCCUGCGCGGCCUGGUGACGGCGCAGAGCCCGAAGCAGAUGAAGCGGUUCUACGACGGGGCAUCUGCGGGGCUCGGCGAGGGCGGCACGUGGCAGGUGUUUCUCCAGGUUAGCGGUAAGGACAGGGUGGUCCGCACGCCGAAGAGGACGGUGUUGGAGCUACCUUGCAGGAUCACCGCCGAGGCCGUGGCCAAGGAGUGGCGUUCGCAGGGAGAAUAUUUGCAGCCCCUGGAAAUGCCGAUGACGACGUUGGGCUGCACGGCGGUGGACCUGGUCAGGCCACAGCGAGAGGCAUGCAUCGACCGCAUGAUGCCUUAUUUGUCCAUGGACACUGUCUGCUUCGAGGACGACAACGAGCAGCUAGCGGAGCAGCAGGCGGCCGAGUGGGGCCCGCUCCGGUCGCGCAAGCGUUUCGGCGUGGAGCUCAAGGUCGCCAGGGGCCUCUUGUCGCCCGGGCAUCCAGAGGCUACCCUGGACACUGUGACAGAGCAGUUCCUCGAGCGAGAUGACUGGGAAUUGUGCGCCCUGGAGGUAGCCACGAACACAGCCAAGUCGCUGAUCGUGGCCACCUCGCUGCUGGACCGAUCAGACGUGGCCCCGAGCGACGCGCUUCAGUGGGCGAUGUUGGAGGAGCGCUUCCAGAUCGACCGGUGGGGCCUGGUCGAGGGAGAGCACGACGUCAAGAAUGACGAGACGCUGCGCUGGCUCGAGGCAUGUCAGCGCUUCGCGGUGGGGCGCCGUGCUGGCGCCGAGUGA